CGAAGAGAUGGCUGGAAAAAGCUUGCUGCUGAAUAUUGAGCAGUUUCGCAACAUCAAUGGGUAUUCCAAUCAGUAUUGGGAAUGGAAAGGAGCGGAGCCCGAUUUCUUAAACAGAAUUCUACUAGCAGGCUACGAGUUAGACCAACUUGAUGCAAGCAUCGGAAGGUAUAUGAUCAACGAAUAUCUAGCUGAUGUGGAAAAGUCAAUUCACUCAUGCCGCCACAAUUUACAACAUUACACAAGACUACAGUGGCAAUACGAUGGCCUGAACUCUCUGCGAUACAAGGUGGUAAAUAUCACAUUUGGGGUGUUGUACACGCAUAUUCUGGUGGAUCUCUUGGAAAAAGAAGAAAGGAGAUCGAGCGAAAGCUUUUGCAAGCAGUUGGAAAGAGUUAUCAAUGCUAAAUUGAUUUAAAGUAUAUG